UCCCUUCACUUUUUAGUGAGGAUUCCACAUGAAUUAUCGCCGAUUUCUUAAUCUGUGCCAAAAUCAACGACAACCCUUUUCAGUUUCUUCGGCUUUCGCUACUGGGUCUCCCUUUGAUUCGCUUAAUGUUCUUCCUUGUCUCUGUUUGAAAACCUGCGGUUUGGCGUUUUGAAUCGUGUAGUUCGGUUUUGAUUUUAGAGUUAAAAACGUACGACGGUAUGAUGGAUCCUGAGUUGAUUCGGAUAGCUCAAGAACAGAUGAGUAGAAUCUCCCCGACUGAACUGGCCAGAAUCCAAGAGCAGAUGAUGUCCAAUCCUGAGUUGGUGAAAAUGGCUGCGGAAAGCAUGAAGAACAUGAGGCCAGAAGACUUGAGAAAUGCUGCCGAACAGUUAAAGUAUGCUCGUACAGAAGAUAUGAUGGACAUUGGUUCGAAGAUGGCUAAUGCCACACCUGAAGAGAUUACAACUAUGCGUGCCCGUGCAGAAGCCCAGAUCACAUAUGAGUUGAAUGCAGCUCAGAUGCUAAAGAAACAGGGUAAUGAGCUUCAUAGCCAGGGCAGGUUCAGUGACGCUGCGGAGAAGUAUUUGCUUGCAAGGGACAACCUAAAAGGAAUUCCAGUCUCUAAAGGCAGAGCACUCCAGUUGCCAUGUUCUCUAAAUUUGAUGUCGUGUUACUUGAAGACAAGUCAAUUCGAUGAGUGCAUUAAGGAAGGUUCUGAGGUGUUGGCAUAUGAUGCUGACAAUGUCAAAGCUUUAUACCGGAGGGGUCAGGCGUAUAAAGGAUUAGGACAGUUAGAAGAUGCUGUUUCUGACUUGAAUAAAGCACAUGCAGUUUCCCCAGAUGAUGAAACUAUUGCCGAUGUUCUAAGGGAUGCGAAGGAAGAAUUGGAAAGAGAAGGUGAAGGGCGACAAGGAGCAGGACGAUCAGUCCUUGAAGAAAUAAAUGAAGAAGAAAUCCGAACUGUCCGUGCUGAAAGCCAUAAAAGCUCUACAUCAAUAGAGUAUUCUGUGACACAACCGCAGGAAGCCAAAGCCAGUGAGUGCUCUCAGGGUCAAAGUGUUUCCAACUUUAGUGGUCGUACUACUGAGGCGGAGUGUUUGCAAGGUUUGAAAGAUGACCCAGAAGCCAUCAGGUCGUUUCAAAGUUUUAUUUCAAAUACUGAUCCUGAGACUUUGGCUGGUUUGAGUGCUGGAGGGGUGGCCCCAGAUAUGUUUAAGAGUGCCUCAAGUAUGAUCAGUAAAAUGUCACCUGAAGAACUUCAGAAAAUGCUCGGAAUGGCUUCAUCUUUUCAGGGGACAAGCCCAUAUUUUCCUGUAGGGACGGCAGAGAGUCGAGGUGACAGUUCAAGAUCAGGGUCACUGCCUCCAGGUGUGUCACCUGACAUGCUUAAAACUGCCACUGAUAUGAUGAGUCAGAUGUCACCAGAUGAUCUUCAGAAGAUGUUUGAAGUUGCCUCUUCUUUAAGAGGGAAAGAUGCAGUUUCAACAGUAACAGCAGUAGAUACAAAUGGUCUGAGAUCUGAGACGGGCUCGAAAGUCUCCAAGGCCACUGAAAUUUCCACAGUUAAUGAGAAUUCUGAUGUAGGUGAAAGUAGUUGUCAAUUGCAUUCAAAUACUAGAACGGGUUCAUUUCCUUCACCAAAUUUUCCGACCUCAGCUGUUGAUUUGCAAGCAGAGAUGAGAAACCAAAUGAAUGACCCAGCAAUGAGUCAGAUGUUUACAUCAAUGAUCAAGAAUAUGAGCCCAGAAAUGAUGGCUAACAUGAGUGAAAAUUUUGGAGUAAAGCUUUCACAGGAGGAUGCAGAAAAGGCUCAACAAGCAAUGUCUUCUUUAUCCCCCGGAGACUUGGAUAAAAUGAUGCGGUGGGCCGAUCGGAUACAGAGAGGGGUCGAAGGUGCAAAGAAGACAAAGAAUUGGGUAUUGGGGAGACCUGGCAUGAUUCUUGCGAUAUGCAUACUCAUCUUGGCAAUCAUCCUUCACAGGCUGGGCUUCAUUGGCAGUUAAAGAGACUGACCCCAUAAUCUUUUUGUAACAUAACUUCUCUUCCAAAGUUAGGACUGCCCUACUCCAGCUUGGUGAUAGGUGUAAUUGACCCAGUUGGUCUCGUCAUUGUCUAACAUUGGACCAUGGAAGUGGUUCAAUGAUUUUCUCUUUAGUAGUGGGGGGCAGAAAAUGGGAUACAACAACCCCAGAUGGAUCAAUAAUGUGUUCAAUUCAGCGAGAAGGUGGUGGGCAUAGGGAGAGGGGAAAAGGGCUUUGGGUAAAAGAUGCCCACUUUGUAUUGUCUGUUCGGAUUAUGGUUUUGGUUUGUUCUGUUAGGAGGAUUCUUUGAUGCUUUUCUUCUGCGAAACUUCCUUGUCAAUCAUUAAUCGAAAUAUAAAAGGCCAAAGUUGAAGAAACACCAGUUUGUCUUUAACACCU